CCUCCAACUCCUCUCUCCGUCCACCUUUGGUCUUUGACCUUGAUUCACACAAACUUUCCUCAUUCAGGUGAAACACGACUUAUCCUGAAUCUCAGUCCAAGUUAUUCGUUCGGUACAUUCUCGAGACUUGAUUUCAUGAACAUAAUCAUGGGUGUUCCCGACAGCCAGCUACACGAACUCGAGCGCCAGCGCCUAGAACUCGAAGGCAAUAUCCUGAAACUCCAGAACUCACUCUACCACUGGCGCACCUGGGAGGCAGAGUACGACGGCCUCAAAGAGGAGAUAAAUGAUUUACCUGAAGAUGCGGAUCGCGAAAACUUCCUUAGCGUGGGCAACAGCCUCGGCGGAUCGCUGGUCACUGAGGAAGAAGUGAAGGUGAUACUGGGCGAGAAAGAAGGCGUGACGCGCACCAAAGGACAGGUGGUCAGUUUGAUCAACAGACGCAUUGACUAUGUGAAACAAAAUGUUGCGACAAUGGAGAAAAGACUACGCGCCGCAGAGAACGAAUUGUAUGCGCUGGACUCUCAGGAGCAACUGCCGAGUGAUAGUACGGCCGAAUUCCCGAUGACUGAGAUCUUUGAAGAACUUGACGAAAAUGGUAAUGUCGUCUCGAGCACAACGAACACCCCAGGCAGCCAGGCUUCUGAGCUUUUGAAUGUCUUGCAAAAAGCAGGUGUCAGCGAUAUACCGGACACGGCGAAUGUGAAUACGGCACAUCAAGACUCGUCGCAGCAUGCUGCAAGGCCUUUGGAAGCACCCGCUACGGAAGAAGUUCCGACUGCACUCGAGGUGGAGGAGGUAAAUCCCCAGGCUAUUGAGGAGGAGGAAAUGCCGGAAGCGACUACUCCCGAGAACAACCCUAAGCCUCCCUCAAUGGAUGCAGCUGGUCUCCUAGAAUACCAACGUCUUGCAGCAAGCAUUGAGGAAUCGCCAGAGGAUGCCCAGUUACGGCGCGAUAUGCUGCAGUAUAGCCUAAAUGAAGUUGGAGCGGUCGUCGCCGAAUUGGAACUUGACGAGGAUGCAAGCGACGUUUCUGUGGACGAAGAAUAUGAUGAUUACCCUUACGACGAUGACGAAGAGGAGGAAGAUGAAUAUGGGAGAACUACGACACGUGUUCUUGAUGAGGAUUACCACCGCGAAAUGCGAGAGUUGGAAGCCAAGCUGAACGCGCGAGGAUUGUGGAACAUUGGCAAGAACACCGACUCUCUCCCAACUGAUGUUAAAGCAGAGUUGGAGCAACCCAGUGUGAUUCGUGUUGAGAAGACCACCGAGACAGGCACCGGACCUGUGCUUGAGAAGAAGCCGAAAAAGAAGGUUGCCUUCGCUGACGACCUCGACAUUGCUCCGGCCCCGAAGCCUUUGACGCAGGAUAAGAGGGUUGUCCCAGUUCGUGAAUCUAGUGUACCUGUUCUUGCAGAUUCCGUGGUUGAACGCACAGAGCCUGUUGCAAAGGAACCAGUAACUAAAGACGCACCGAAGAAAGUCUCUCGGUUCAAGAGCGUUCGGAGAACGGACGACAGCGCAGUCAAUCCAGCCACUGCGUCAGAGACUUUAGCUGGCCCUUCCCGGCCCGUCGAACUUCGCUCGUCUUUACGCAAGACUGGCACCCCCUCUCCCGCGCCAUCCUCUCUGCCUCUCUUCCCUGCCAGGCCAGCGGAGCCUAAACCCUUCUCCCAGCCAAUCUCAGCUGAUCCCGAGGAAGACCCCGCACCCAGAGGCCCAAAAGGCAAAAUUCUGGCAGAUACCCUUGUUGAACGUGAUGUUUCGCAGACGUCCGCCGUGGCACCGGAACCCGACGAGCUCGAUGAACAACUGCAUCGGAAGGAGAUUGCGACUGAAUUUUACCAAAUCCGCAAUCGCAUGAUCAAGGAACAAGGGGGAUUCGUUGACGAAGAGCCCGAAAUUGUCCCUCUCGAAACAGAAGAGGCUCCGAGGCGUGUGAGUAAGUUCAAGGCCGCGCGCAUGAGGUAGGUCAAUAAAAACAUCAGAUGCAAUUGGAAGUCAGAUACCCGCUAUGUACAUGCAUGGUAAUUGGGA